UCGGAGAGGUGGUCGGUCGGCGGGUGCUGAAUGAGGAUGCAAACCUUUAACGGAGACUGUAGGAAAUAAACCAAUGAACGCGUGACAACGGGACACUGUGGAGAAGCGUACUCGCAGACAAGUAGGGUCAUGGUGUGCGAGAUUUUAAUGUUUUCUGUGAGAAAUCUGAGAAGAUAGAGGAUUUGUUGUUAGUUCAGAAGGAGAACGUUAAGCGCUUAGAAUAAGGUGCUGGAGAUUUUGGAAAAGACUGAGACAAUUUUUGCUUUUAUUAUUACGCUGAAUGGACUUUUGAAUUACUGUCUUGCUGUCUCUGGUCAGCCAAAGGUCCGAGGAUGUCUCCACUCUUCGCGGAACCUGCAUUUAGCCCGCAAACCAGCCACUGACUGACUUUUUACGCACGGAGAAAGCUCGGUUCUCACACACUUUGUUUUCGUGUUUUUCUGGAUGAACAUUGCAAUACAUUUUCAAUGAUUCGAGAUCUGAGCAAGAUGUACCCCCCGGCGCGGCAUCCGGUCCCUCAUCAGCCGGGACAGCCGUUCAAGUUCACUGUCACCGAGUCCUGCGACCGGAUCAAGGAGGAGUUCCAGUUCCUGCAAGCGCAGUAUCACAGUCUGAAAUUGGAAUGUGAGAAACUGGCCAGUGAGAAAACUGAGAUGCAGAGGCACUAUGUCAUGUACUACGAAAUGUCGUACGGGCUGAACAUCGAGAUGCACAAGCAGGCGGAGAUCGUUAAACGGCUGAACGCAAUCUGCGCCCAAGUCAUCCCCUUCCUCUCUCAAGAGCAUCAGCAGCAGGUGGUGCAGGCAGUAGAGAGGGCCAAGCAGGUCACCAUGGCUGAACUCAACGCUAUCAUAGGACAGCAGCAACUCCAGGCUCAGCACCUCUCUCAUGGCCAUGCCAUCCCUGUCCCGCUAACACCCCACCCAGCGGGCCUUCAGCCCCCUCUGCCUCCUGGGGCCAGUACUGCCAGCCUGCUGGCCCUGUCCUCUGCCCUGAGUCACCAGCUGCCACUCAAAGAUGAGAGGAAGCAUCACGAUAACAACAGCGAACACACACGAGACAGAGACUCAGUCAAGAGCUCAUCUGUCUCUCCAUCAGCCAAUUUUCGAACUGGAGAGAAGCAUCGAAGUUCAAGCGAUUAUUCCUCUGAAAGCAAAAAACAGAAGACAGAUGAUAAGGAGCUGACCUCCACACGCUAUGAAAGUGAUGGAGAAAAGAGUGAUGACAACUUGGUCGUCGACGUCUCCAACGAGGAUCCAGUGUCUCCCCGAGGAAGUCCUGCACACUCUCCUCGGGAGAAUGGGUUGGACAAAAGUCGCCUGUUGAAGAAAGACCCACCACUGAGUCCUUCCUCAAUUGCUUCCUCCAGCAGCACACCUUCCUCCAAGUCUAAAGAUAUUAAUAUGAAUGAGAAGUCAACAACUCCCGUGUCCAAGUCCAGCACUCCCACAUCCCGCUCUGAAGCCCCCACACCCAGCAGUGCCUCCACCACAGGCCUGAGGUCUGCACCCAGUAAAUCAUCAGGAGUUGAGGCACUGACUCCUGGUCUUCGCACACCCCUGGCAGUGCCCUGCUCGUACCCUGGCCCAUUCGGAAUGGUUCCUCACCCUGGUAUGAAUGGAGAGCUGAGUGGAACAGGAGCAGCCUACACUGGCUUGCAUAACAUUUCCCCACAGAUGAGUGCAGUGGCCGCGGCCGCUGUGGCAGCCUACGGACGCACACAAGUGGUAGGAUUUGAUCCUCACCACCACAUACGUGUUCCUGGACUUCCUCCUAACCUGUCGGGCAUUCCUGGUGGAAAACCAGCUUAUUCCUUUCAUGUGAGCGCCGACGGACAAAUGCAGCCUGUGCCUUUUCCUCCGGAUGCACUGAUCGGCCCUGGCAUCCCGCGCCAUGCUAGACAGAUCAAUACUCUCACCCACGGGGAGGUGGUGUGUGCCGUUACCAUCAGUAACCCUACACGUCACGUUUAUACCGGCGGCAAGGGCUGUGUCAAGGUGUGGGAUAUCAGUCACCCGGGCAACAAGACCCCUGUUUCCCAGCUGGACUGCCUUAACAGGGAUAACUACAUUCGAUCCUGUCGGCUACUUCCUGAUGGACGAACUCUUAUCGUUGGGGGAGAAGCGAGUACUUUAUCAAUCUGGGAUUUGGCUACACCGACUCCUCGGAUCAAAGCGGAAUUAACUUCGUCUGCACCUGCAUGUUAUGCUCUGGCCAUCAGCCCGGAUUCCAAAGUCUGCUUUUCCUGCUGCUCUGAUGGAAACAUUGCCGUCUGGGAUCUUAACAACCAGACUCUGGUUAGGCAGUUCCAGGGCCACACAGAUGGAGCCAGCUGUAUAGACAUUUCUAAUGAUGGGACCAAGCUUUGGACCGGAGGUCUGGAUAACACUGUCCGGUCCUGGGACCUGAGAGAGGGACGCCAGCUGCAACAGCACGACUUCACCUCUCAGAUCUUCUCACUGGGAUACUGUCCAACGGGAGAGUGGCUGGCAGUUGGGAUGGAGAACAGUAAUGUGGAGGUGUUGCAUGUCACCAAACCUGACAAAUACCAGCUCCACCUGCAUGAAAGCUGCGUGCUGUCACUCAGAUUUGCGCACUGUGGGAAGUGGUUUGUAAGUACAGGAAAAGACAAUCUGCUAAAUGCAUGGAGAACCCCAUAUGGAGCCAGCAUAUUCCAGUCAAAAGAAUCAUCCUCUGUGCUGAGCUGUGACAUCUCCAUCGAUGAUAAGUACAUUGUGACGGGAUCAGGAGAUAAGAAGGCAACUGUCUAUGAGGUCAUCUACUAAUAGCUGUGCUUGUUAAACAAGAAGGCCAUCCUUCCAUCCAACCGUGAGGUCUCCCUCAUCUGUGUAAAUUUUUUUUAUGUGUAUAGGAUAAACCUAAAAGGAACAAACCAAACAUUUUCUUGGACCAUGACUUCCUGACCUUCUGGCUAGUCGAGGAUCAAAACCAACAAGCGGACCCAAGCACAGAUCUUUUUUUUUUUCCUUUUAAGUGACUUUGUGUUAUUGUGAGGAUGAGUGAAUGCUGUUGGGCUGUUAACAUUCCUUUAUGUUACCUUUCACUUAAGCCUCUUAUUUCAUUUUUCUUUUUUCAGUGUGUAGACUGUAAAACAAGCGUUACUGUUCACAUACAUACUAAUCUGCCUGUGGACUUUAUACAUACAUGGAGACUAAAAUGUAUGCAAACUAGGUGGCAGAUCAGAGCCGUAGUGCUUCUGGGCUACUCUGGAAUAUCAACAGCCAACCUGCACACAACUAAUGCUGAUGGUGUAAAUAAAGGGGCAACAAUUUGGUUACUUUUUUGCCAUUUAUAUUGCCAUGUGUUUUGAGUCUGCAGCUGAGCUUUCUUCACAUUUUGACACCCCCUCAUUAUUUCUGUGCUUAACUGCAUCCUGCAGAUGUGUCGCCUUAAUUGUGACGAUGGCACAUUCAUCCAAAGGGUGCAGGACACACAAAAAUAUAGCACUUGCGCACAUGUAAAUGGGUUUUUCAAGCAAAUAUAUCAGAGGCUCCGUUUUUUAAAUGGUAUCGAAAUGUGAGACAGUAUAUUCAUCUUUAAUUUGUUAGUUAUGGCUUGAAUUCAUGUACAGUGUGUUAUUUCAUCACACUGAUUUUUCCUUCUUUGGGCUAUGAAGAUAUACACCUUUUUCUUUUUAUUUUAAAUAACAGUAAGAAAAAGCUUCCACCUGUGAAAAACAUCAACAAAUUUCAUAACAAUCUAUCUAAAAAGGUUGUGUCAGACCCGCUUAAAAUAGUAUUGUCCAUCAAGAAUUACUUUAGAAUAGUUUCUUAUUAAACAUGUUCAUAUAUUCAGGCUUUUUUAGAGAUAAGAUUGAUUGAUUGAUUGAUUGAUUGAAACUUUAUUUUGAACAUGUUAAAAAAGUACAACAACAUAGAAUUAAAAGAAACAAAUAAACAAAGCAAAACAAAAAGAAAACGAGCAACCACAACUACAAAUAACUUUCAUGUUCAAAAAGAUCAAUAAGACUUUCUGAAUGCUAGAUGCAGCCAGGAGGACUUAAGCCUGGCUCAGAUUAGUAUGGAUACUCAACUAUGCCUACUACAAAAUAUCUGGUCAUUGCUGUGAGAUUUUCAGGCAACAAGAAUGUACACCUAAAAAUAUCUGGUAAAAGAACACUGCAUAUGAAUAUGCAAAAUUUGGAGACAAGGGAUGAUAUUUCAGGUACCACAGGCUUUCCGGUUACCAUGUGUAGGUAGAAUUGAUCUAUUACUCUGAGGAGACACUGGUUGCAUAUACAUAAAUGGUCCAAAGUAUCCUAUUAAAUACAAUCUAGAAACUACUAGCUGUAGUCUAAUGAGAUAAUGAUCAUGGUUUUUGCUUCAUUUGUAAUUAAUGGCUAUACUGGAUGGUCCAAACUGUUGGCUAUUGUUCCAUCAGGUGAUAAAUGAAAGGGUUCCUAGACUAACAGAGUGUAGUGCUGAUCUUCUAAUCCAUUCAUUCCCAAACUUAAAAAUAUUGCCAAACAAUUUGAAAUCUUAAAAUUUUGUGCGACCAGCCAAAAACAAUAAUCACAGCUCUCAUCAACACAUCAAUUGAAGACAAAAUAGGUAUUUAUUUAGGAUUUUGUCUCUAUUAUUUCCGUUACUCCAUUUGUCCCUUUUCCCAACAACGACGAGUUAGAAAAUACACAAAACAUAGGUAGAAUAAGCCAGUAACUUAAUUCAUCAGCUUGACUUUAUGAGUAUAUAUAUGAGUUCUGGUUAUGUUUUAAAAUGUAAAUAUAUAAUCAUAAAAUAUGAUCACAAAUACUGUUUGGGGGCGUUUGGUUUAGGGCAGGCAAGCCCUUUCAAGAGCCAAUUGAAAUACCUUUGAAGGCCACAAGGAGGCAGCCACAAACGCUUUGGGAAAUCACAGCUCUGAUCAAAAUCUUUGCCAAAAAAAAAAAAAAGAACUGUUCCUUUAAAUACCGUUGUUUGUUUACCUACAGCAUCAUUUUCUACCUGUGUUCUUGAAUUUGUUCUUGUAGUUCAGCUUCUGAGUGAAGUAAGAGCUGUUUGUGUGUGCGCGGGUGUGUGUGUUUAUUUCUGUAUUUUCGACUCUGUGGGCACUGAACAAACUAACAGAAUUGCCCUCAAUGCCCUCUCUACUGACUGACUUUUGCACUGUCUCUGUCCCUUAGCUCGGACUUCUCUGGAUGCUCGCUGGCUUCCUACUGAUAGAUUUCAGUAAAACUGAUUUAUUGGUGUUUGGAGGUCAGUCACUCCAGCCUGGAUUUUCUGUUAAAACCUUUGGGAAAAACAAGUGGUCAGCGAUGUGGUCUUGAUUUCUCUUGGAUUUACGUCUGUUGGCUUGUAAAAAUAACACAGUGCCUUUACGCUAUACUUCUGCCCUCCUUUUGUCCUGCUGCGUUCAGUUACAUACGCAGAACUGAAAUGUGUCUCCUCUGUUGGAAGUGUUUUUGAGUGUCUUGGAACAUUUAAGGAUCCUUUUUAAUUACAAGGAUCAUUUAUCAACAGUAUUGCUGAAAUGAUCACAAAUUUCCAGAACCAAACUUUAUUUCAAACACUUGGAACACACUAUUGACCAGUGGAGUUAACCAGAAAAAAUAACUAUUGGAGUUAAAAAGUGUUUAUUCUUUGAUAUUUGUUGCUGUUUUUAAGCUUUAAAAACUUGUUUGUUGCUUGUAAUUCAUUUGUGUUAUUACCUAGUUAUAACAUCAGUCCCACAUCGCAUUAAUCUACAGGAACGUAAACACAACACUAUAAGUUAUUAGCACAGAUUUAUGUCACCAAGAUUCUGACCUAUAAUCAUCCAAUCAGGAUGGAUGCCAGCUUAUCCUAAACAGGCAUUUUAAACUUUCUUACUAAACCUAACUAUCGGGAGGCAUAUGUUAAACAGUAAUAAUUUUAAAUUGAGUGCCUAAACCCAAUCUCUUGGUUUAGCUACUGCCAGUAACUUUUGUUAGGUUAGGUUAGUUUGAUAUGAGAUUUUUAGUACUUUGGAGUAAUUUGGCAACAAGAAAGAUUGAUAUAGACUCGCUUUGUGUAUGUACUAGUAGUGCCUGUCAGAAUGAAUUUGAAGACUAUGAAUGAAACUGUUCUUAUAUUACUCAGAUCCAUCCUGUACUAUUGCUGAAUUCAUCUUUUUCCUUUUGAGAUAAAUGACAUGUUGCCAGCAACGUAUUUCGGUAACUCAUUGUUUACGCUUUUUGCUCUCAUUUCAUGAAAUGGGAGGGGGGAAAAAAGAAAUGUGACCACAUUUUUUAAACUACUGUAAAUGACUGCUUUACUUUGAAAACUGAUAAAGCACUCAUGCUUAGUGUUAACCUGCCUGAGAUCUACCUACCUAUCUUAUUUUAAUAAGCUCUUAAUUAGGGAUGUACUGAUAUAUCGGCAGAUUGUUUUAGGAAAAGAAAAGUUUAAAUUAAAUACAUUAUAUAGAAGCAUGUUGGCUAUGUGGCAGAUUGAAAGAAAGCCUUGUAAUAAAUGCACUGAUCUGAAUACAAAAAGACAUUUUACAGUAUGGUAUGUUGAGCUGACUGGAUUUGAUACAGGAGAGACUGUAUUGAAAAUAAUUUACUGUUAUGGCUGUUUUUUGUUUGUUUUUUUACACAGACACUGUACAUUUCGAAGGUGGUUAUAAAUAUGUUUUUUCACAUUCCUGUUUGCUAAAUCCAGCUAUGCUUUCUGAUCAAAAUGACGAUUCAUUCACUUUGCUGUCUUGAGUGCUCUUUUGCGCUUUCUGCUCUUGAAUGAAUAAAAUCCGGUGUCACCUCCUUGUACUAUCUUCAGUCUUCAUCUAGAUAAAACAUUAAAAAGGAAAAAAAAAGGAAAUGCUCUUUGGUUGUAGUCGCUGUCAUGUCAAGAGUCAAAUCUGAAUGUUACUCAUCUUAUCUGACUGCUACAUGUUAGAAGGCUAACAAGAUCUGGCACAGAAAUGUUGUUAAACAGUAAUGAUGUGUAGAGCAUUUAGCUUGACUGGCUAUAACUUUACUGUAAACAUGUAAUUAUUCGAGCUUACAGCAGAAACUUCCUGUUACUAGUUGAGCUUUUUUCAUUCAAUACAAAAUGCCUUUGCUCUCUUUUUUCUAGUCUGUGCUUGAAUUUAUUAAAUUACU